GGCCAUGCACGACUUUUUGAAAAUGUCUCAAUUGCUGUACGGCCCUAUGGUUAGACCAACAAUGCCCAAACCUGUUUCAGACACCAUUAAUGGCUUCUUCAAGACAUCUUCUUUCUGACAGUACCAGAAGAAAAAGAAAGAAGACCCAAAUUAUUGUCUUUAAAUUCUUUAGAUUAUAAAUGUAAGAAAUAAUAAAAUAUUUUAAAAUAUAUCAGUAAACAAAAUACUUAUACAACAGAUUAGGAAUUGUUGUUGUUUGUUAGAUUGAUUCAAAAUGGUUGAAGAAGGGAAGUCAUUAUUUGAAACCCCAACAUGGGCAGUAGCUACUGUUGUUACUGUCAUGGUUUUUGUUGGAAUUCUCGUUACAAGAUCUUUAGAACGAUUCGGAAAUUGGCUGGGUUCGACUAAGAGGAAAGCUCUUCUAUCUGCAUUAUACAAGAUUAAAGAAGAGCUUAUGUUAUUUGGGCUGUUAUCACUGUUGAUGAGUCAUUUUGCAAUUUGGAUUUCAAAGAUUUGCUUAAAGUCUUCUGCUUUGAGUAGUAGAUUUUUCCCAUGUACAGAACAAGGGUACAACAAGGUGCCCCAGAAAGUAUUGCAUUUUACAAGUUUGAACUCUUUGAAUCACUCAAUUUUCACAAAGCAGGAGGAGAAAUUUCAUAAAUUUCCUUCUCAUCACCACCAUGAGUAUUGCCCUGAGGGGCAUGAACCAUUAGCCUCGUAUGAAAGUCUCGAGCAGCUUCACCGGUUGUUGUUUGUACUUGGUGUUGUCCAUGUUUCUUACAACUUCGUUAGUAUUGCUCUAGCCAUGCUAAAGAUAUAUAGCUGGAAAACAUGGGAAAGCCAAGCAAGGUCAAUGGCUCUUGAGGGAGAGGGAUUACAAGGUUCAACUGGGACUAGUAAGAAGAGUUUGCACCGCCUUACUACUUUCGUGUUCCAUCAUACGUCGCACCCAUGGAGCAAAAACAAAAUUCUGGUUUGGGUGCUUUGCUUCAGCCGGCAAUUCUGGAGUUCCAUCAACCGAGCUGACUACAUGGCACUUCGCUUUGGGUUUCUUACAACUCACCAACUUCAUCUGGCAUAUGAUUUCCAUAACUAUAUGCUCCGUAGCAUGGAUGACGAAUUUCGGGAUAUUGUGGGAAUAAGUGUGCCGCUCUGGAUUUAUGCCAUAUUUGCCAUUUUUAUAAACUUUCAUGGGACCAAUGCCUACUUUUGGCUUUCUUUUACUCCAGCAUCUUUGAUCCUGCUAGUGGGUACAAAACUGCACCAUAUAGUGGUGAAACUGGCCCUCGAAGCCGAGGGUACUAACCCGUCAUCUGGAAAUCGAUUUAACCUGAGAGAUGAGCUUUUCUGGUUUGGAAGGCCCAAAUUGCUGUUAUGGUUAAUACAGCUAAUCUCAUUUCAAAAUGCAUUUGAAAUGGCAACAUUUAUUUGGUCUUUGUGGGAAAUAAAGGACCCUUCUUGUUUCAUGGAGAACCGAGUGUUUCUAGUUAUCCGCUUGGUAUCUGGGGUUACUCUCCAAUUCUGGUGCAGUUUCAUCACAUUCCCACUAUAUGUUAUCGUGACACAGAUGGGAUCAAGGUUUAAGAAAUCUGUAGUUUCUGAAAAUGUUAGAGAGUCGCUUCAAGGUUGGCAUAUGAGAGCGAAAAGAGCAAAGCAGGGUUAUCAUACAUCUACAUUUUCAAUUGCAAGAACGUCUUUUGAAUCCACAGAGGAUGAAACGGCCACAUUACGCAAUGUCCCCCCAGCUAGCAACAGUUCUACUACCACCGGCGGCUCAUCCAGAUCCGACAGCUCCAAUUAUCCGUCUCGUAUCACACAAAGCGAGAUAAUUCAUGAAGUUGGACCACCAGGUGCUGAAUCUUCACAUUAUUCGCGUAAUUCUAAUCCUGUCUUUGACCAUUUCGACAGGGAUGAGGAUGGUGAUCAUCAUCAAAGAAAAGAUGACGCAUAUUCCCUUCCACUUUAGAUUUUCUUUCGUCCAAACAUGUCAAUCUUGACACUGUAUGCAAAUGUUAUACUGCACUUCUGGUUCGUCUAGAGAGAAACAACUAGUUAUAUGCUUCAUGGAUCAGCUACACUUUGGUAGCAAUUUCAGUAUAAUAUGUGAAGUCAUUAAUGCAAGUUUGUAACGACAUCAACAAAUUGAAUAUAGAAGAUGAAAUGAAUUGAUACAUCGAA